AUGGACGGCAGCGACCCGAAUGUCGUCGCGGUGUCGGCGCCACCCAAAGCGCGGCGUGAAGGCUCGAUCUACGAAAAGUACCUGAACAUCAAGAACAACGUGCUGGCUGACGACGCGGAGCACGGGGCGGCAAAGACAUGCACGGAGAUCUCGAACUCAACGGACGAGCAAGAACUGGAAGCCGGAGAAGUGGUGCGUAGAGUACCGAGAAGUGCGGUACAGGUGUCGUUGGAACUCGUGGACUGUAGCACGUCUGUUGUUGCUGAUACUGGUGAGGACGAGGCUAGGGCUACAGCUUCUGAGGUCGAGUAA